AUCAGAUGCAGCUCUACUCCACCACUGAUAAAUAAUAAGUCAGUCCUUCUUUAAUAUAUUUUUUUGUUCCAUCACCCUUUCUUUGAUGCCUGCAUCCUAAUUUCUAUCAUCAUUUGGUUCACCAGAAAAUGAAAAGCUGUGCUCAUCUAUUCCAUUUCCAUCUCACAAGAUUUCUGUUUGGAGUUUAGUCCAGAUACGAUACUGCGUGCUUUUUAAGUUUUAUGUUUUCUUCUUCUAAAAAUCCCAGUCCCCCAAUUUUCUAGCUAGCAAGUAUCAAAGAACUAGGGGAGUUUCACCCAUGCAUGGGGUUCUAGGGAAAUAAUUCGUGGAGAAGGCGAUCCCUGAUCGAAACUGUCGCUGUUAUUUUCUUGGGAACCAAACAUCAACUUUAAGUAUUUGGGUGUGUUUUUGUUGUAGAAGGUCGGUCAACAUGUCUGGGUGUCUUGACUUCUUAAAGUGUGUGCUUUGUUGUGUAGAAGAACAUGAAGAAGAUCUCCUUGAAGUGCUAGGUUCAAGGUCAACAAGUAAUUCAUCAGAUGUUGGAUCAAGAUUCACUAGGUCUGUGGGAAGAGUCUCUGAUAGACUUCUGGGUUCCAAUAAUUACACAUAUGCACCUAUAUAUUCCUGUGAUCCACCUACAUCGUCCCCUGCAGUACCUCAAUCUUCAUCAAGAUUUCUCUCACCUUCUUCAAUUCCAACACCUUCAUGGCCUAACCCCACAACAUCAUCUUCUAAUCAACCUCGAUCCUUACAUAUACCGGCAACAUUUUCUUCUAGACCCUCUCCACCUGCACCUUCAACAACUUCGUCGAAUGCAUCCCCUCAAGCUACAACGUUGUCAUUCACAUCAUCUCCAUUUCCACCUCCACAUUCAACUUCUUCAUCAAAAUCAUCCCAUAAAGCUCAUCCUACUGCUUUCCAUCCAUCCCCGUCUCCCAAACCACUCCCAUCAUUCAUUAAAGCAGGAUCCUCAUCUUCUAAACCUUCUCCAUCUUCGCCUAAAGCAUCCCCAUCUUCCCCAGGACCAUCUUCAUCAUCCUCUAAACAGCCCCCAUCCUUCAAACGAACUCUGUCUCAGGUUUCCCCAGAUUCAAUUAAUGAGCAGACAAAGGUCAGCUACACGUGGGUUCAAAAGGGUAUGUCACCUGUAUAUGCGAUUCCUAAGGAUAUUGAGGACUUGAUCAAGAGAGACAAGGUGCCUGGAGUUCUUAAUGAACCGCUGUCUCUUUCGACAUACAAGGAUUAUUUUGCAGCACUUCUGUAUGCCGAAGACUUCUACAUUGAGAAAUGGAGUGAAUUUAAAUUGGAGAAUAUUACUCUCAAGUUGCAACGUGCAGAAAUCAUUAAGAAGUCACGCAGGAAUGAAUACCUCAAUGAAACUUAUGAGAAGGAUGAUAAGAUCUUUGUAGAAUUUGAGAUUGACUCUUGUUGUGAGAGACGGCCGUUUCUUUUGUCCAGAGACUUUGCCUUUGCACGACCUUCAGGUCAAAAGACCGAGCCAUGUCAGGGUAUUAUAUAUCGUGUGGAGAGGAGCACUCGUGUAUUGGUUGAAUUUGGUGAAGAUUUUCUUUUGCAGCAUCAUUCAACCCGUAAAUAUGAUGUUAGCUUCUCAUUUAACAGAGUUUGUUUGAAAAGGGCUCACCAAGCAAUUGAAGCGGCUUCAGAUCCUUUAUUUAAAAGUUUUCUUUUCCCUGAUGGUGUCUCCAAAAAGAUAUUCCCAAUCUCUACACCUCUCCACUUUUGCAAUCAUAAACUUGAUGUGUAUCAAAGCUCUGCAGUUCGUGAGAUUUUGAGCUUCCAAGGACCACCGCCUUAUCUUGUUGAAGGUCCACUCUGUUCAAAAAAGUUUUCAAAACAACUAUCAACGACCGGAUUGGUAAUCCAGGAAGCAGUGCUCCAAAUUUAUCAAAGCUCGUCAAAGCUUCGGAUUCUUAUAUGUGCACCCAUUAACAGAACAUGUGAUUUGCUGAUGCAAAGCUUAAACAAUGACAUUCCAGAGUCAGAUAUGUUUCGAGCAAAUGCUGCUUUUCGAGAGAUUGAUGGGGUGCCUAUUGACAUCCUACCAUCGUGUGCUUACAAAGGGGAGUGUUUUACGUGUCCAUCUCUUCAGGAGCUCCGGAAAUUUAGAGUAAUCUUGUCUACUUUUGUUAGUAGCUUUCGGCUGCGUAAUGAAGGGAUAGCUGCUGGUCAUUUUAGUCAUAUAUUUUUGGUUGAUGCUUCAUCAGCUACUGAGCCAGAAGCAAUGGUGCCUCUGGCGAAUUUGGCUAGUGAGGAGACAGCAGUGAUAGUUACUGGUGCACCAAGAAACCAUUCAGGCUGGGUUCGCUCCAACAUUGCAAGGAAGAAUGGACUAAUGACAUCCUACUUUGAAAGACUUCGCAAUAGCAAGCCAUACCGGAGUUUACUUCCACAGUUUAUCACACAGCUGGCUGAUCCCGAGAAAGAAUCAGUUGGUGAUUACAGCUAUGCAUCUGUAUCUUAUGACUAAGGUGUUCUUCCAUAUCUGCAACGCCGUGAUACUCUUAACUCAUUGGAUUUCCUGUAAGCUUUCUCAUUGCCUGGUCUUGUGUAUAUAUGAGUGAAAUACGAAGAGAGUUCUUCUGUAAGUUGACUCAAAUUUACCGAUUGUUUGCUUGACUAGAAAAAUUCAAGUAGAAUAAUUUUCUUUCUUGUGGUUUAUUGCUUUCUGCUGUAGUGCAGUUUAUGUGGUGGUUUUGUUUUAAUCACUUAAAAAGUUCUUUUUUAUAUACUUAAAAAGUAGAGAAUUUAAAAUUUUGAUCUUGGGUUUUCAUUGUUUUGCUGUUUAUGCCAAUAAUUUUGAGCAUGUGUUUUGGUUUCUGCAUUUUUUAUGUUUCGUGGGUUAUUGAUUGGUCUUCAUCUGCCUUGCUGACGAAUAUAAGGUUAAAAGCUUUCUCCAGCAUCUUGCUUCUGACUACAAUGUUGGUCAAGCAUAUAAGAGGCCAGUCAGUUGCCUAAAGGGAUGCUUGGAAAAUUAUCGAAGCAAAUGCAGAGCAGGGCAUUUCAUGACCAAAUUCAUGUUUUGCUUUCAUUUUUUAGUGUUCCAAAAUGGUCUCUGCCUAAACUGUAAAGACAAAUUGGAUGUAAGGCGUGUGAUGUAACAUUUUGGCCCUGCCAUUGCAUUCAGGAUUCAGCAAAUGGAGUUAAAAUCACCCUGUCAUAUAAGACUUCAGAUACAAGGCCAAAACAUUCUGCUGUGAAAUCAAAGUUAUAAUUAACAGUUUCAUGAAUUGUGUGUGUGUAAACAUAGAAAGAGAGGCUUACUCUUUUCUGUCAGUUAAAAAAACAAGGGUUACUUCUCUAACAUCUUUUUUUUUUAAAAAAAAAAAGGGUAAAGAGAGGUACAAGAAAACUAGAAAAUAAAAUGAAAGAACUUGUUUCCAUUUUCAUACAAACACAAGUCCUUAAGGCCAAGCCAGCUGGUCUGCACAAAACCUAGGCUUCUGUAUUUGAUCUUCAAUCUCUGACACGAACUUGAUUCUAUCCUUUGGCAGUGGUUUCUGCUUUGUGGUAGAAGAAGAAGAAGACAUAGCAGCAGCAGCAGCACAAGAAGAGGUCUAAGAGAAGAAGAAGGUAAUGUGGAUACAAAAACCAUGUUUGUGUUUUGAGGACGAACAAGUUGUGACAACAAAAGUACAAGAGAAGCCACAAAAGGAGGUUUUUUUUGUUGAAUGUUUUUUUAGAUAAGGAAAUGAAUUUGGACACGAAGGGUUUGUGGCUUGUCACUUAUUUAUAUAGUGAUCACUAGUUUACAAGAAA